AAAGCAGCGAGCUGAACCUACAGCUACCGGACGAACUCGAUUCAGUCAUUCAGAAUUAGUGUCUGCUCAGGGUGGUAUUGGGGGCCAAAUCAUGCAUUAUGUUAGCCAAACAGAGCGACGCCACACCGUCGCAUCACACCGCAAGACUGUUCGGGGGGUUGGGGGUCAGCGUCGAAAUCUAAAUAUCUAGUAGGUCAUUUUAAGAAUCGGGACUAGAUCCCGUUAUUUUAUUGUAGGGCGCCCGGUCGUUGUCUUCGAGGAUUAGGGAUCGGUUGUCAAUGUGACUGUAGUGUUACUGGCCACAUCACAGCUAUUGCGUUACUCCUGUUGUCAGGAAAAACGUGGAUCGUCGUCUCGCAUUAUCUGGAGGGUCAUCACACUGAGCUACACAGUAGGCCAAAGGCAUACUGUAGACAGGGGGUUGCGGCCCCGCAGUUGAAAUUCGCCUGACCAGUCGCUUGCAGUAUGGAUAUAAGCCACAGAUUUGUUCGAGCAAACAACAUCAGACCAUGAAUUUCCCGGACGAUACCUUCCGGGCGACGAUAUAUAUGAUACUGGCGUUCGUUGACUGGGCUACAUCUGAUUUUUGGCAUUGCUUUCGCGCACGCUCUCAAAAUCUGCUCAGCUCACAGCUCACGGCCCACACGAUCACACAAUAUCAUAAGGCGCUUAUGGCGGCUCACAGCUCAACGGAAAGCCCUGCUGGGCUUCCAGUUGACAACCCAAGCAAAUCAUACUGGCUCUCGGAGCCAUCCGAGAUUCUCCUUGGUCAUCGCACGACGAAGGAUCUGCCACAAGCUGCUGAUGUCGUCAUCGUUGGGAGUGGCAUUACUGGUGCCUUCGCAGCCCACUGCGUGAAGGAAAAGGCCCCCAAUUUGAAUGUUGUCAUGCUUGAGGCGAGAGAAGCAUGUUCGGGCGCUACGGGAAGAAAUGGUGGUCAUUGUCAGCCGGCAUAUUAUAACUGCCCGCCGCACGUCGCUGCCUUUGAACAUCGAACAUAUUCUUACUUGAAAGCCUUGGUUGAAUCACAUUCAAUUCCCUGUGAUUGGCAUGUUACAACUGGCGUACACGGCUACUACUCUCUGGAGCUCUUCAAUGCGACUAGGAAGAUUAUCGAAAAGAUCCAGGAGGAGCACCCGGAUAUUGGUGCAAACAUCACAAUUGUGACGAAAGGGAACGAUAAACCUUCCUCGAGCCCAGGAGGAGGUGAGAAGAUGGAACUGACAUUGGAGGGCUUACGAGUCGGUGCUGCCGAAGGCGCUAUCGUACAACAGAAUGCCGGUAGCCUCUGGCCGUACAAGCUUGUUGCCUUUGUACUAGAACGCCUGUUGGCGGCUGACGGCUUCAAUUUACAGACAAAUACCCCGGUUACCGGCUUGAAAAGAGGCAGCGCACCUAUGGAAGUCUCCAGCCGCGACCCUGGUGCCGGCGAGGUGGCCUCUAGAGGUUGGACAGUUCGCACAUCCCGUGGCGACAUCUCAGCCCGCCAUGUUCUCCUCGCUACGAACGCGUAUACUUCAUAUCUACUUCCCCAGUUUGCAGACAUCAUCGUUCCAGUGAAGGGUCAGGUAUCUAGCCUCAGGCCACCACCACAGCCUGCUAAAGGCCCGCUAAAUAUCGAACACACGUUCUAUUUCGUAUCAGAUCUAGCCGACCGCCGGGACGACUACUUAGUACAAAGACCUCCGCCUGGCGCGGAGCUGAUUUACGGUGGCGGACGUAUCCGUGCGAAGGGCCAUGGGCUCAGCGUGUGGGAUGACAGCACCAUAGACGAACCAGUGGCACAAUAUCUAAGAGAUGAGCUGGGCGGCUUGAUGGAUCUCUCGAUACGCGAAGAAGGAAGGACACAAGGCGAGCAUGAUAUCCAAUUACCGAAGCAAGAUCUCGAGCCGACAUUUCAAUGGGCAGGCAUUAUGGGAUACUCGCGCGACGGCUGGCCGUGGGUUGGCCCCGUGCCGACGAGUGCUGGUGGAGGAGAUGGGCUCUGGUUGUGUGCCGGGUACACAGGCGGGGGCAUGCCCAACGCCGCCCUCUGUGCCAAGGCAGUUGUCAAUAUGAUGAUUCCUGGCAACAACGACGGGGACAACUUGGCCGACCAAAUUGAUCUACCCCCCGAGUAUAUACUUACUGAGGAUAGACUGAAGAAGGCUAGAACAUGUGAAACCAUUAUAGAAGCAGACAUAAGGGGCGCAUUCAUGUUAGAUCUUGAUAUAUUUUGAUGAAUUAGAUAUUAGGUUAAAGGAGAUGAGACGAAUUUGCUAGUCAACUAAGGGCAACAUUAUUCUAGCUACACCCACUUCUGUCACAUUUAGUAAUUUGGUGAA